AUGAAAUAUGUUCAGAAGGACGAUGAAGAAAAGGAUGUUGCUCUGUCUCCCGCGAAACAAAAUGAGUCAUCAUCGACACGCCGAUCCCUCAAGAAUGGUAUCUCCCACAGAAAUACUUUUCCGGCAUUCACCAUUAAAUUAGGGAUAUCGGUACUUGUUGCUUUGGGAUGCCUAUUUGAAAUUAUGGCCAACAAGAAUCGAUACGCUAAAUCGUGGAAAGGGCAAUCCAAUCAGGAACAAAGACGCGUUUCACCAAAUAAUAAGAGCCAACUCAAGACCGACUUCUCGCCUCAAAAGCUAUCGGCCAAUAUGGACGAUCCCCGAGUAUUGAAUAUUCAUGUCGUUCCUCAUACCCACGACGAUGUUGGAUGGCUGAAAACUGUCGAUCAAUACUACUAUGGUCUUAAUAAUACAAUUCAACAUGUUUGUGUCAAGGAUAUUCUUGACACAGCCGUGGCCUCUCUCCUGGAGCAUGAGAGUCGGACAUUUACCUAUGUCGAAUCCAAGUUCUUCAGUAUGUGGUGGAACCAGCAGACCGAUGCUGUGAAGGAUUCGGUUCGGUAUUUGGUAGCCAACAAGCAGUUGUCUUUUUCAAAUGGAGGAUGGAGCAUGCAUGAUGAAGCAGCGACGCAUUUCAUGGGAAUGAUUGAUCAAACCACUUUGGGACACGAGUUCCUGAAGAGAGAGCUGGGAGUUAUUCCAAAGGUGGGGUGGCAGCUUGACCCAUUUGGCCAUUCAGCUUCACAAGCUUCUCUGUUCACCCAUAAGAUGGGUUUCGACGCUCUCUUCUUUGGACGCAUGGAUUAUCAGGAGCUUCGCCUACGUCAGCUUCAAAGGUCAUGUGAAGGUUUGUGGAAUGCGAGUGAGAACCUUGACGAUUCCACGAUCUUCUGGGGUCUUACCGGGAGCUAUGUUGGUAAUUAUGGCAAUCCGCAAGGAUUUUGUUUUGAUGAAGUACGAUGUGGCGAUCCGUCGUUGUUGCCGAUGAAUAAAAGUGCGCUUGUGUCUCAUAUGACAGAUUUCUUGGACCUGAUUCGAGUCCAAGCUGACAUGUCGCAAGGCAAUCAUAUCAUGAUUACGAUGGGCUCGGAUUUUCAUUAUCAACAUGCCAGUUACAAUUAUGCCAACUUGGACAAAUUGAUCCUUUCUCUGAACAUGUUCCAGGGCUUAGGCAUUAUUGACAUUCCUGAAAUCUUCUCUCCUCGAUUUGAACAAGUCAAUAUCUUUUUCUCUUCCCCAGAGUACUAUACUAAAUGCAAGCACGACGAAUUACUCAAAACACAAAGAGACAAGACGGUCAAUGGCAUUCGGAAAGUGGAAUAUGGUAUCAAGAAAGAUGACUUCUUUCCCUAUGCUGACCGGGAACACGGCUUUUGGACGGGAUACUUUACGUCAAGGGCAAGUCUCAAACGACACGAACGUGUUGGGUCUUCCUUUUUGCUUGCCGCUCGUCAAAUUGAAACAAUGGCGGACGUCGAUGGUGCCCCUUGCGAUUGUGAUGAAAUGGAUGCUGCAAUAUACGAGCUUGAGGAUGCACUUGGGGUAAUACAGCAUCAUGACGGAGUGUCGGGAACUGCCAAGCAACAUGUCGCAAACGAUUAUUCCAAGAGACUACAGAAAGGAAUUGAUGCUGCUGUUUCAGUUACCUCUGCAAAACUCGGUAGACUUGUAUUUGGAUUGAAUGCGACAAUUGAUAACUUGACUCUUUGUCAAAAGCUGAAUGAAACGGUUUGUGACGUUUCACAGGCUGGAACACACGAACCAAACAGCACCACUGUCAGCGUGAUUGUGUACAAUGCUUUAGGCCAACCUCGAUGGACCCCAAUUCUGUUGCCAGUCUCUUCUGCUGGUUUGUACAGUGUUCGGUCAGGUGGCGAUCCGAACAGUACUGCAACGAUCAUUUCAUCACUCCCGUCACUCAAAAGUACAGCUACCGGAGCAGCAUCGUUUGUGCUGCCGCUGGAUACAGGCGUCCUUCCUGCGUUGGGUGCCAAGAUGUAUCAAGUGGCAUUCAUUGGUGGCUCUGACUCACAGUCGAUCGACGAUGACGAACCCUUCCUCGAUUCUGUCACUACUGAGCAAAGGAUUCUGGCUUCUGAGUCCGAUAGCAGGAAGGAAGAUGUCGAGUACUCGAAUGGUCUGGUGACGGCUGUUUUUGACGGAACCACCGGAGAGCUAAAGAGUAUUACUGCAUCCAAUUUCACAUUGGAAGCCUCUCACGAGUGGGGAUACUAUACAUCAUGGGACUACAACAUCGAUGGAAAGUAUGAAAGCGAUAAGCAAAACUCGGGGGCUUACAUCUUUCGCCCGAGUUCACCCGAUCAAAAACUCAUCACGGUGAAACCAAAGUCUGCCAACUUCCAACAAACGGCUGGCUUCAUGGAGGUUCACAUCGAGUAUGACGAACCGUGGAUCCAAUCCACGUAUCGCAUCUUGCCUGGACAACCUCAUCUGGAGGUAGAGUACACCGUUGGUCCCAUUCCAGUUGCCGAUGGAGUCGGAAAAGAAGUAGUUUCAAGAUUCUGGAGUCCAAUUAAAAGUUCUGGCACCUUUUACACCGACUCCAAUGGUCGAGAAUUCAUGGAACGUCGAAAGAACUACCGCCCUUCAUGGGAUCUCGAUGUAUAUGAGCCGGUGGCAGGAAACUACUAUCCAGUGAAUGCUGCAAUCUAUGUCGAAGAUGAAUCCAAGACAUCUGGUUUCGCCAUUGCUGUUGACAGAAGUCAAGGAGGCGCUUCGCUGCAUGAUGGGUCGAUUGAGCUGAUGGUUCACCGACGAACUCUUGCGGACGAUUCUCGUGGCGUAGGUGAACCGAUCAAUGAGACCGAUGGUGGGGUGACACCAUACCCACCAUUUGGAAAUGCCACGAGGUAUGGCAGAGGUCUUGUUGUCCGAGGAAAGCACAGAAUAAUGGUUGGCGGAAAGGGUGGCGCUACACUAGCCCGCUCGAUGAUGGACUCUUCUUUUGCAGAUCCGUUAGUCUUUGUGGGAUCCUCCAAGGGAAUGCAGGGCCUUUCUGUGCAAGCGUCCAGCAUUACAGGCAUCGGGAAAGACUUGCCUGCAAAUGUGAUGUUGAUAACUCGCCGCCGGUGGACAGACGCCACCUCUUCCAAAUCGGAGAAGCAGUUUUUGAUACGACUUGGACAUCAGUAUGGACUGGGAGAAGAUGACGAGCUGUCAAAUCCUGCGGCAGUCGAUCUUGUUGACUGUCUGCCUGAAUAUGAAAUUACCGAGGUUGUCGAGCUGACUUUGUCUGGAAACCAGAAGAUUGAAGACUGGGAAAAGUCAAGACUGGUAUGGACUGCCAGUGCAUCACUGUCCUCCAAUGGUACUAGCAUUGAUCUGAAAGAUACUGCAGUGGAGCUGCAACCGAUGGACAUUCGUACUUUCCGAGUUACUGUCAAGAGUUGA